UUGGCUGCAGGGGAGGCUUCUCACAGUAAGAGACGAAAAGCAGCAUGCAGGGCUAGGCCGCAAGUCAUUAGUUCUUGGUGGGCAAGCACUGACAAAAGACUGAGGAGAAUAAGCCUGCCUGGAUGCCCAGAGAGCAUCCGCAAGAACCAUAACUGAGCACACGGACGCUCUCAUUCUCCGUUUGAUUUGUCUCCCCCAUCUGUGAGUCUGUUUAUGUGUGUGUGAGAGAGAGAGAGAAAUGGAGAGAGAGGGAGAGAGAGAGGGGAAGGAAACAGCACUGAGGAUACUGUCACUGUCGUCCUACAACAGUCAGGGAAGCGGGAGCACUUCCUAGUGUUCGGGAUCCACUUGUGUGUUCUGGAGUGGGAGAGGAGCAGUCUGCGUCGCUUUCGUUCACCGACGCUACAUUUGCAGCUGGCAUAGCUGCGAAAAAUCAGCAAUAACAUAAAAACUCGUUUCGAUCAAGCUGGAAUAUCUUCACGGUGUGCCACAAUGGUGCUGCUGAGCGGAUUACUGCAGUAUAGUAGAGCUGUGCCUGUGCUCAGCUUCCGUGGAUAGAGGGCAGAUUUGAUGCGAGAAAGAGCACAUCCAGCGAGGGAAGCUUUAAACAAUUUAUUAUUCUUUGUUCUGAGGUUCACCGGCUGAAGUGUGGAACCACCGAACUGGACAUCGCUCGCGCAGGCUUUCCUUUACCCAUCACGAGCCGCGGUUCGGAGGACACAUCUACAGGGACGCUACGAGUUAUAAUUAAAAGGACUGGUUUACAUCGAUGCAGAAGUAAAAGUUGUCUCACCGAGACUGUUUCCAGGUCACAGUUAAGUGGGAGGAGACUAGUCUGGAUUUGCUUGUUUUUCCUGCCACACACUCUCUUCUUCAAGGCUAAAAUCCGCUUUAUCUCGUUCGCAUCUGCUUAUUUAGCCCGAGGGCUCUUUCCCCUUUCCUAAUGUGUACUAUUCUCUUUUAACUGCCAAUUUACUAAAGAGAACACAAGCAAACAGAAAAUACUGAAGCUCAUGUGAGAGGGACGCGGGUAUACGCAUUCAAGACUUCGGGGUUUUUAUGCUACUUUGACAGCAACCAAUAAUUUUGGCUGCCUGUCCCAUUUUCUUCCGCGGUGGUUCGUUUACCAAGCAAUGGCCAUGGUUAGUGGGGGCUGGGGAGAUCCCAAUGGGGGCACUAACGGGUUGGGGGACAAGGGCUACCUGAGGGGGGAGGAAGAGGACGGUUCUCCCCAGGCUGGAGGCAGUGACAUGGAGGCCGGGGACGAAGACAAGGCCUGCGUAGUGGACUGUGUGGUGUGCGGGGACAAAUCCAGCGGGAAACACUAUGGCGUGUUCACCUGCGAGGGCUGCAAGAGCUUCUUCAAGAGGAGCGUCAGACGCAAUCUGAGCUACACGUGCAGGUCGAACAGAGAGUGUCAGAUUGACCAGCACCACAGGAACCAGUGCCAGUACUGUCGCCUGAAGAAAUGUUUCCGCGUUGGCAUGCGCAAAGAAGCAGUUCAACGCGGUCGGAUCCCACCUCAGCCCAGCCUCAGCCCCUCCAUCACACCCAUAGGUGGCGCCAGUGGCCUUGGAGGCACAGAGUACUACAACAACAACAAUGGAGGGAGUGGUGGGGGCCAGCCGGUGUCUGAGCUUAUCUCUCAGCUUCUGCGAGCAGAGCCGUACCCCAGUAGUCGUUAUGGACAUCAGUACAACCAGCAAGCUGGCCCAGAUAAUGCUAUGGGCAUAGAUAAUAUAUGCGAAUUGGCUGCCCGGUUACUCUUCAGCACAGUAGAGUGGGCUAGAAACAUCCCAUAUUUUCCUGAGCUGCCAGUUUCAGACCAGGUAGCCCUUCUGAGGUUGAGCUGGAGUGAGCUUUUCAUCCUCAAUGCGGCCCAGUCAGCCCUGCCACUCCACAUGGCUCCCUUGUUGGCUGCGGCAGGCUUCCACUCAUCGCCCAUGUCUGCGGAACGUGUGGUGUCCUUCAUGGACCAGGUGAGGAUGUUCCAGGACCAAGUGGACAAGCUGACAAGGCUGCAGGUGGACUCUGCUGAGUAUAGCUGCCUCAAGGCAAUUGCACUCUUCUCACCAGACGCCUGUGGUCUGACAGACCCAGUCCACGUGGAGUCUCUGCAGGAGAAGGCUCAGGUGGCUCUGACGGAGUAUGAGAGGAUGCAGUACCCCAGCCAGCCGCAGAGAUUCGGCCGCCUGCUACUGCGCCUGCCCGCCCUGCGCGCGGUUCCUGCCAGCCUCAUCUCCCAGCUCUUUUUCAUGCGCCUGGUAGGGAAGACACCCAUUGAGACGCUUAUCCGCGACAUGCAGCUCUCCGGAAGCUCCAUCAGCUGGCCGUAUGUCCCGGGACAGUAGCUCCAUGAUGGUCGAGGUCUCCAUCUGGGAUUAGUGACGAUAAAAACCCACAGGAAACCUCCUGACUUAUCACUUUCCAUCUGUGUGGCUUUUAAACUGCAGUGACAGCUGGCCAUUGUGUGUGCUGUACUGUAAAUGCUCAAUUUCCACUCAUGAAACAAGCCUUCAGUGUCCACAUGGGCCUUAAAAGAAGAGGUUUGCCCAUGCCAAGCUGAGGCGUCUUGUUGCCAGCAGAGUUGUUCUGGUGCCAGGUCCCAUGCCAGAAACCAGCUCCUCAUGCUGGGCUCCGAUAUGGCCCCCAUAGCUCCUCGUGUUAUCACCCACAUGCCAUAAUGACUAGAGAUGUAGCGAGCAGGAGCACCAUGCACGAAUUGCUUCUAGAGGAUGAAACUGUCCCAUCACUGAAAGCAAAUGGAACAAUUUUCCCACCCUCCAAACAGGACUGAUUUUCCACGGCUAAUCAUUUGUUUAUCAGUGUCCCUUUGAACCAUAUUACAUGAUCAAUUUUUUUCCAGAUGGAACUGGCUGAAAAAUCGGAAAGCUCCUGGCUUCGCUCUCGAAGGGAAAGUCCUGAAUUUAUAGCUCUUCUUCCCUUAAAUUGAGGAGGAAACCAAGGAAGAAUAUUUCUCAGAAAGACCCGAGAAGUAAAACCAAGGAAAUUUCACCAAAGUCUACCCUUUCAUCCUAAGAGACUUGAAAAGAAUAAAGAGAUCAUAAACCACAAAAGGGGAUGAACUGACGUCUGUGACUGAAACAUGAAGUGAACAGUGCAUUUAAAGUCAUUUACAGGGCUCACUGUCACAGUAGUUGAAGAAUACCAAGAAGAAAAAUAAACUCCAUGAGACUGAUAACAGACUGAUACCUCACUAGACAUCAGAAUUAUUUGGUCUGAUAUCUCCUCAAUACAAACCUCUGUAAGAUUAGUUCACCAGAAAUAGCCUUCUUUUUGACAACUGCCUUGUUAUUCAGUAUACAUUGUGGGGCAUCUAUUGAUCAGAAAUCCUACAAGCAUCACAAGCAUUUGUCUUUGUAUCUUUAAAAAGAAAAAGACCCCUCACUCAUCAUUUUCAAUUGUCUUUUGACAUGAGUUUUGACUGUCCAAAUAUGGUGCACUAAGCACUGCUUGGGAUGCUUUUUUAUGAUGUAUAACAGACUCACCAAGUCUAACUUAGGAGGAAUAAAUUAAGCAGGUGAUCUGAAUUUAUAACCAAAACUACCAGUUAAAUACAAGUUUACGUCUGUUAGUACGGUUUCUCUUGAAAAUCUAUUGAAAUGUAUGUAAGUAUGUAUGUUUGUGUGUGUGUGUGUCUGUGUGUGUGUGUGUGUGUGUGUAUAUAUAUAUAUAUAUAUAAAUACCCACACACGUCUGUACAGGAAGAUGCUAAUUCUGUCUUUUUGCAUGUUUAAAUGUUGUUUUGAAUCUCUUAAGUUUCUUUCAUUUUCUUGAUGUAUUUUGAUUUUCAUUGAAACAUUAAAGUAUUACUUUCACUGGUAGCUCCAAAAUGUUUUUCUUUUUCU